AUGCCUUCACCUCUUUCUGCAUGCAAACACCCAAACACCAUGAACUCUGCCCUCACACAUAUCUCCUUCCACUCUCCCUCUUAUUUCAUCCUAAAACAGCGCCCGCAGUCCCGCCACCAGCAGAUCAGCAUCAAGUGGCGGAAGAGGCAACAAUGUUCAGCAAAGCCCAUACGAGCCAUACCAGGGCCGAAUGGAACCGGUGCUUACCGUGGAGGUAAUAACUUACCAUCUUCACCCCUGACAGAUGUGAUUCAGGAGUUCUACUCCUCCCUCAAUGAUAAGGACAUCACACGACUCGAGAAGCUGAUUUCCCUUGAUUGCGUCAUCGAGGACACUGCAUACUACAAACCGCUGGACGUCAAGAAUACCCAUACCUACUUCACAAGGCUUAUCAAAGUUAUGGGGAAGAAUGCCAAAUUUGCUAUCGAUGAGGUUUGUCAAGGAGUAGAACCCACCGUCGCAGUAAUGUGGCACCUUGAGUGGCGCCGGGAGAUGAUCCCAUUUGCCAAGGGCUGCAGUUUCUUCAUGUGCUCAGCAAAUGGAGCAGCCCUUCUUAUUAGGAAAGUUCAUAUCUUCGACGAGUCACCCCUGAAACCAGGAAAGCUGGCAUUGGAAAUACUUAAUUUUGUGAUCAACGUGUUCGACACAUUCCCAUAUAUAGCUAAAGGUUUCCUAAAGAAUAAAGAAGCACUAGCUCGGUUCUUCGCAAGGUUUUAUAAAUUCUGCGGGCCUUUUAUCGUCCCUCUUGUUGCAUAUUAUACCGACGUCCCAAUUCUUGCAUAUUAUACCCGCUUCUGGUCAUAUGUGGCACAAGGAUUCACUAUGGUGCUCAACAUGCUGUAUAACAUAUUCAAGCGGUUCCUGUAA